GCUGGAAGUAUUGGUAUUAGUUGUUGUGAUACCUAUAAGAGUGCGGAAUACAUGACCUUCACCAAUCACAUCACACUGUCUGAAAAAGUUGGAAAUAUUCCAACUCUAUCGGGGGUUCGAGACACACCAUUCCCCCACCCCUAGUCUCAAACAUACAGAAAGAAGAAAAAGAAAAAAGAAAAAGAAAAUGGCGUUUGACGACGAAGACCCCCUUCCGCCUUCGUCGGCCUUAGCGCCGCCCGCCACCGCCGGGGACCAAGGAGGAGCCGACGAAGCGCCGUCUCUCGAGGACGCGCUCGCGGACGAGAUGCAGGACUUCCGGCUUUUCGCGUCGCUCUUCGACAAGAAGCAGGCCGGGGGGAAGACCCUGCGCCGCGGGGAGAAGGACUUCGAGUCGCACGGGACGCGCGCGCAGCAGGGCGCCCUGGACGCCAGCCGCGCCGCCAUGCACGACGUCCUGAGCUACACCCGCUCGCACAAGCCGCGGGACCACACGCGCGCCUGGUACUUCCCGGACAAGUGGGCUGACGUUGGCCCGACCACCACCGCCGCCGCCAAGGAGGUCGAGGGCGAGAAGGGCGCCGGGCUGUUCGCUAGGGACCGGGUGGUUGUCGUGGAGAGCGAGAUUAGGGGUCCGCUGGGCCAGAAUACGGGCCGCGUGGUUACGGGAAUCGAUAAGUACAGGCUGACCCCCGGGUGGUUGAAGACGUGGCUGUUGCCGGAGGAGGCCUUGUAUCUGGUCGAGCGCGGGUCGUUGGAUUUGUGGUGGCCGGCGAGAGGGAUCGAGGACAUUUUACCGGUGAAGCAGGACGGGAAGGAGGACGACGGGCUUGGCGACGGCAGCCGAAAAUUCGAGGACUACGAGCUUGGGAUACCGCUGAGCUUCCAGGCGGCGUACGCGCUUCUCAUCGGGGAGGACGGCGAGAGGGGGAAGGUUAGUCUGGAGAAAUACCAGGUCUACGCUAAUCUCCGGAGAACCGGGUACAAGAUCAUGAGAGCGACUUCGAUGACGUUACCGCCGGACGUCUCCUCCUCCUCCUCCACAUCGGCAUCGCCGUUACAGACUCUCUGGCAGUGGCUCUUUUCCUUAUCAUCGCGGACUCGCCAUCACGAACCGCCUCCCUUCGGACCCCUCGUCAGGCCGGGCCUCUACCGCUCCUACAACCCGAUCUUCGAGCAGCUCGCCCUGCUCCCGCGGCACGUCCCCACGCCCAACCCUUCCACUACUACUACCACCACCACCGCGCCCGUGCCCGCGCCCGAGCCUGAGGAGCCGUUCCAAGUCCACUUCCACGUGUGGAAGAGCAGCACCGCCUUCUCCAAGACCAAGCCGCCCCCUCCGGACUUCCGGAUCGCGGUCGCGGACGCGCGCGCGUCGUCGGUCCCGACGCUCGAGCAGCUCGCCGCGCUCUUGGAGCGGUGCACGCCGUGGGACCCGCCCGAGGGGAAAGACGGGAAAGGCGGAGCGGGAGCGGGGCCGGGGCCGGGGGCGAUGUACCGCCGGCUCAAGCACGCGUGGCGCAACGUGGUGGUGGCGGUCGUGGACCGCGGGCUGAUCAGCUACAUCCGGUUCGGGGAGAUGGCGUUCGGGGAGGAGAGGCUGUACGAGAGGGUUGGUGGGGGGAGGGGCGCGAAGGGGAAGAGAGGCGGGAGAGGAGGAGGUGGUGGGAAGGGGGGCAGGGGACGGGGACAGGGACGGGGUCGGUGAAGUAGGUAAAGUUAUGGCUUGGCUGGGUUGUAGAGAUGCGAUGCUCUCUCUCAUUGUGAUACCUGCGAUAGUACCUGCUGUUGUUCCGCCUGUUAAGUUAUCUAUACUGCUACAUAUGUAACUACCGAAACUAUGAAAUGGGUACCUAGAGGAUUUACCUUUGAAGCUCAGGUACCUCAGGUACUCAAUCGGAUUCAUACAUACCUGAACUGAGACACAAUUUAUCAGUCAACUUCCAUGAUACAUUAGU